GUUUUCGGAUGCAGACCACUACGUUGACCUUCACCAUCAUCUGCCACCUUCAACUAACGUCGUAGUAACCACUAUCGACAUGGCGGUCUUAACUAGUCUGCCUACACCACCUGCUACGUCUCAUAGAGACAAGGAAACAACUAGCUUUCCUGGCUCUCGUGUCGCCUGGACUCAACAGAACCAAUACCAUAUUCUUACAAGUCCAAAGGGUCAAGUUCCCUUGCCACCAACCGCCUCACGCCAGUGUCCCACAAAGUCUAUUCUCAAGAGAUCAACGCCAAAGCUCCUCACCGUGUCAGAGCAGGGACAACGAGAGGCAACUCCAGAACCAGAAGACCCGCUUGUAAACCUGUCGUAUCUUACGCGACCCAUCUCCCAAAUUCUUGAGUCGGAAACCUCCUUCACCGACCUCAUUGAUGCCUAUGCUGUCCUCGCUGCCCGCAUUAGGUCAGCAGUGGCGGGCACAACCGACGCGGACGCUUCCUGGCCUCUGUUUCAGCCGCUUCGUAAGAAUACGCAGCUAUUCACUGACGCAGUAUGUCGUGACCUCGGAAAAGCGCUUGUGGAGCCGAAGUCUCCUGAACUUGAAAGCGAAAGUGAAGACUUUCCAUUUGCUCAUGAGGAAGAGGAAGAACUUCCCUCGCUCCUACCUUCUCCGAAAAAGAGUCCUAGUAAGAAAAAACGCGGUAUGUCAGCUGGGCAGGCAAAAUACGCGCGCGACCUCUGCACUACCUCGCACGGCGUAAUGAGGUUGCUUGGAUCGGUCUUCACCCUUCCUGCUGUCUACCGUAUCUUCACAGACGCGCAAUUGGGCGAAAUGUUGACAGCUGUCUUGUCUAUUCCCAUGGCUGAUGUGCUCCCGACUCCUAACGCCCGGAAAACGUGUGCACUGUCAAUAUGGCUUCUGCAAGUUCAGCGCCUACCAGAGGAAGUCCUCGUACCAGCGAAAGACAGAAUUGCUUUUGCUCUGCGCCGAGGUAUGGAGGGUGAACUAGGCAAAGAAGGCAAAAAAGGAUCUGCCUGCGACGGCCUAAAGGCUAUUCAUGAUCUUUCCGUGUAUCAACCCUCGACUUUCGUACCUGCAUUCACAGAGUUGCUCCCAUCUAUACUGGCGAACUUGCUCGCGCCGACUUUACUUCUCCGCACUCAGGCUUGUCACGCGCUCGGUGGUUUCGUCUUAGCUUGCGUCUCUAUUCCGCAAUCGUCAUUGCACGUCCGUAUCUCCAAAGCAGUAGCUACUUUCCUCACAACGACUCAACGAUCCCCUUCUCCACGUAAGACGCCAACGAAGCCAUCGUUAGACCCGAUAAUUGUUCGUACACUGCGCACGACGUUGAACGCGUUGGAGCCCCAACAUGCAGCCCAAGGACCUGUCUGGGCCCUCAGCGUCAUCGCCAGUUUCAUCGUUUUGUUGGGGCCAGCAGUGUACCUGGACGUUCGAUUGACGCGUAUAAUCUCGGCGCUGCUACAACUCGCCGUGCGCAAUAAGAAGAGCUCAGUACGAGGACUUGCUUGUGUUACGUGGCGUUGUGUCGCUUGGUCCUAUUUCCGUCCAUCCCCAUCCUCCGCUGAUGAGGGUAACGUCCAAGAUAUGAACGACAAGGACGUCGAACUUCUUCGCGAGAACUACUGGAAACUUCUCAAGUCCAUUACCGACAUGGGUGCCGGUGUCUCAACGGUAGCUGCUCUUUUGGGCGAUGAUUCUGGAGAUGAGGAUCGCCUGCGGAAGACCCUGACCCUAGUCAAAGCCAUGAUCAAAAAGGGCGGUCAAACCUGUGGCGACGGAAUGGAGAUUGCGAGGAUCUUAGUGAGCUUCGAAAACACCGGAGAGAAUUGGGCCAUGAACAAGCUCCUUCCGCAUUCCCUUUUCUCAUCAAAUCCGGGGCUUCUUACAGCGGAAUACAAGACUUUGGCUACCGCCGUGAGGCCAAUAUUGGAGGAAUGUCCUCAGAUGAGCGAUGUUCGAUCCCUGACGAGAGACGAGCUAUCUUGCAGUUGGGUGUUUGACGACCUCAUUGAGAUCUGGAGAUCUGGACUUGGGUGUCUUGAGCUGCCAGAGGAUAGUGGAACACCGGGCGAUGUCUUGUCAAUUUGGGAAGGCCUUCUGAAGGCCAACGUGGCAGUCUUGCAAGAUGACAACGAUGACCAUGGAGCUAUUGACUUCGCGUCCAAAGCUGCCGCCAUACUCGUAGACAUUCUUCGCGAUCCUAAGCUCGACCUUUCGGCCAAGUUUGGACCUCCACCAUCUCAGCAAGCCAGUAGUCCUAUUGGCGGAGUCAGAGUUACCCCCAGGCGAACCUCGAUACUGUCUCGGUCCAAUACUGCUCUCAAGCUCGUCGUAACCAGAGACUUAUGGACCGUGGUACGAACUACUUUCCCCAGUAAUGUCCUUCAUUCUGCUGGUGCGAGGCUCCUUGCGUGUUUGAUGGAGGACGAAGCCGACCUCGUCUGGGAAACGGAUUCUCCGGACGAUGCUAGGAAACAAUGGGCCUACCUCUGCGCAGAAGUUUUAGUCGUCUGCGAAUUGGAUGAUUUGCGAGAAUUCUGGGCAAAGAGAUCGCGGGCUAUGGCUAUGAUGUCCUAUGAGCCAGGAGUUCAGAGCCUCGUAUGGGGCUGCUUCGUUGAGAAGUGGACCGAGGACGCCGAGGGGUCUUGGGAAGGAGCUGCCUUGUUACUCGGCGUUCCCUUCGGGAAAUCAAGCGCAUGGGAUAUGACUAAUGACGAAUUCGACACUUGGGAUAACUUUUUGCAGCAUGCCGUCAAUAAAGCCCUCGAUUACGGUAUCGAUGCUUCCACCGUGCUCGAUCGUGUUGCAGAGAUCGUCUCCGAGAACCCAUGCCCCGCCUAUGCAUCGUCGACUCGCGUUGCUGAUCUACUGCUCACGCACCUUGACAUGGCUGACGCCCGCCAGCUUCCCUCAUACAUCUUCGACUUUGUCAACGAUACGCUGCAGUCUACAUACCCGCCCGAGCCUCGGAACAAAGUGACGUCGAUCUGGAUGAUACGAUCACUGAUCCGCGUAGUUGAUGCGUGCCCUGUGGAACUUCGACUGAAUCUUUUGGAGACGCUUCAAGAGGGCAUCAGCCUUUGGAUAUCGGAUGAAUUCCACGUGUUCAAUGAAGAUGAAUAUACUGGGGAUUUGCUCCCGCUAUAUCAAACUUCUUUGUUGGGCAUGCAAGAACUUCCGAGGAGUGUUUAUGUGCUCGACACGCUAUCAGCUCUUAUCGAGUCCGUGUUUUACGGUCGUGGCGACAAGCCUUCCAUUGCACAUGAAUCGUUUGAAGAAUUCUGGCAGUCGACUUUCGCUAGCCACCAAGAGCCAGAAGGAGGGUGGCCCGAGAGAAUUCAAGCUUGCGUCAAGUGGUCUUCCAAACCGUGUGUAGCGGAUGAAGUGGCUGUAGAAGUUUCCGAAAUUGUUCCUCAGAUAGAAGAGCCCGAGUCAGGAUCUUCAUCCGAUAGUCUAGACAGCGACGAUCAUCAACAUCCUAGCUCUCAAACAACUCCCGAGCUUGAUUCGCCAUUCGUUUCUGACCAAAAUGACUUGCCCUCUUCAGGCAACCUCACUAAUGUGUCACCAUUCGUCGGUCGACUCGGACCCGCACUCUUUUCCCCUUUCGAAACUUUAGAGUCUGACUCUCCACUAUUUCCCUCUAUCUUCUUUCCAACAACGCCGACGCGUCAAAACCGUGCUGAGACGCCCCCUCGCCCCCAAAAGCCCUCUGCUACUCCAGAAUCGUUCCAUUCGCUCCUGCUUCGUUCACCCGCUUCGACAUUACCAUUGCCCUCAGUUCCUCCAUCGACCCCGCGGAGGUUAUCAGCCAAGUUAGAAAAGACGCCAUGCAGUGCGUCACCAGGCAAGCGGCGGAUGCUCGAGGACAAGGAAAAUAUGUCACCUGUUCGGUCGGUCAUGCAACGCAUCGCAAACAGUUCUCCGAGCAAGGAAACUGCCUCCUUAUCCAUGCUUGGACAACGACGACUACUUGACGACCCUCUAGACGAUAACACUAUAAAAGGAAGGAGAGCAUGUGGAACCUUCAUUCGUUCUUCCAUCGAGUUUCCACACGUUGAUGCAGAUAGUGACCUCGAGGACGAACUGGUUGUGGCGAGUCUUCUCUCCCCGAGCAGAUCGUCGGUGUCGAAUAUCUGUUCAGCUCCAGUUGUCAAUGUCUGCAAGAAGCGGAAACGCAUGCUCAUGGAUGCUGUUGUUCUCCCUCCCCUUGAAGAAGUUCGCCUUCGGUGGCAGAUGCAACGUCGGGCUAGUAUUGAGCAGCCGUCCGUUAUGACUACCCCCAGCAAAUGCAUGCGACGCACGCGUUCUUUACCUUUGCUCUCGGACGCUGAAAUGGAUGAGUCUGAUUGUCGCCAGAAGAGGAUAAGGCUCUGGGACGAUUCGGACUCUACUACCUUGGAGGAACAAUUGUCUUCUUCGCCCCUGAGGGCUCUGGAAGACAUACAGAUGGCAGGUAGUGAUGAUUCUAUCAUGCUCAUUGGGCCAAUGCGCGAGCCAUACAAAGGAUCAGAUGAUGAUCUUCACGCCGUCGAGGUUCCUCCCGAACAUCUGGUAUCACCAGCUCCGCGAAAAAUGGCGCAUGACCUAUCUAGCGACCCCCCUUCGAGUCCAACCAGAGAACUACUCGCUCGUCGCAAACAUCGCAUGUUUUCCCUUUCUGAGAAGCCAAGUUUAUCAGUCUGACCAGCAUCAUAUCCACUGCACACAUACCAACAAUAUUCGUCUCAUACUUAUGAUAUGUAUCAUUAACUGUCUCGCUGUGUCUAUUGUAGCUGUCAUGGAUUUGUCAUUAUCGUAAUUACAGGAAAUUGUACUCCAGAUCAAAUGAAAUACUUAUGAUAUGAUGACACU